AUGCUCUCUGGAUUGAUCAACACUGAAGACGUGAUUGCGGAUAUGACUUCCAACCUGCGCCAACGGCCCGGACUGGCUUGUGAAGAAUGUCGGCGUCGAAAGGCGCGUUGUGAUCGCGUACGGCCUCUCUGUGGAGGAUGCGCAGAGAAUGGCACGUUGUGUCUAGUGAAUGAAAAUAGGCCACAACGAGGGCCCAAGAAGGGUCAACUGCAAGCCUUGCGAAGUCGAGUUGCAAUGCUCGAGCGUCAGCUUGUGGGCCAAAGUGAUUCCAUUGAUGGAUCAUCAACGAAAGCGAGAUCGACACCCGCCACUACACCUCCUUCCGACGAUAUGUUCUCGCUGGACCAAGAUGAAGAUUUCGCGAUGCCGGAAUCAGAGCCUAGUAAUAGGGUCCCUCUUCUAGCUCGCUCCGAUGGGAAAACUCCGGAUCUUGCCGAUCUCCCCGAUUUCCAAGAAAUUCCAGAGCUCUCACCAUCAUUCACUCAUGUGGACCCCUUCUCGUCUGCCUGUAUGGACUGGCAAACCACGAGUGGACUCAUCGCGUCCAGCGUAGGGACAAAUACGCCAAUCAAGCAAUACGAUACUACACCGUUCUUCGUUUCCAACAACCUAUGCCUCUCAGCUCUGUUAUAUUUCGACCGCGUACAUGCUAUUGCACCGAUAGUACACAAGCAACGAUACUUCUCAUGGGCCUUGAAUCAAAGCCCUCCACCUACACCGGCUCAAGCAUGCCUUCGCAGUUCAAUGCAUACGAUUGCGGCUGCUGUAUCGUCCCAAUUCCGGGGGAUUGAGGAGGCAUUAUACGCCGAAACACGAGGCAUGUUGGAGUCCCUUGAUACGCGCCCGACACCGGUCAGUAAGAAGCACCGGUCUCGCUCAGCAAGCACAAACAUACAGCUGGAACAAAUACAAUCAUGGCUACUUCUUGCCCAAUACGAAUUUCUCAGAAAGGAUGAACAUCAGGCAAUGAUCACAGCUGGGAGAGCUUUCCGCCUCGUUCAACUGGCGAGGCUUUUUGAAGUCGACUCGCCUAUGGCGUCUUUCCUAGGGGCUGGAGAUCUAGAUGAUCUCAAUAACUUGAAUGACCCCUCCAGUCCUGAGGGCGCUCCAGAGCCUUUUUCAAAGACCGAGGAGAAGAGAAGAAUUUUCUGGAUGGCAUACGGGUUGGAUCGAUUUCUGAGUUGGCGCAAUGAGUGGCCACUCACCCUCGAUGAAGAGACGAUCACCUACCCCGACUGGGAUUCAUGUCUGACUGACACCCCGCAGAUCCACACACGCCUUCCAGCUCCAGAGGCAAACUUUCAGAACAACCAACCUAUCCAGAUCGACUUUCUAUCAGAUGUUUUAGAUGGCAGUGGACGUUCGGCUACAAUCACCCCCUUUGCAGAAUGCAUUCUUCUAGCAACACUAUACGGACGAUGCAUGUCCCAUCGGCGUUCGGCCUCUUCCGCGGUCCUAUCAAGAGGGGGCUGUGAGCCACGCGAGUUCUGGGCCAGGCACGAAUCACUAGCUGCAGCGGUGGAGAAGCGAAGACAAUCCAUCGCGCAAAGUUUCCGUUCCUCAACAGGAAAUGAUGAUCGGAAUGCAGCAACGGCCCCAGCACCAACUUCCAAUCUCGACCUUGACCCCAUGUUGACAUUUUCCUACAUACUCGCCCAGAGCGCCAUCAUCUACCUAAGCACUACAACUGAAACUGCAAUGUGGCAGUCGGUUGAACAUCAGCUGAUGGCCUUGACCUAUGAGCAACGCGCAUUCCAGGCUGCGGCGGAGUUGGUACGCCUAGCAAAAUUAAUACCAAGAAUCGGGCGCUUCAAGCCCCCACUCCAGGUCCACCCGUUUGUACCCAGUGCGCUCUCCCGAGCAGUAGAUUUCCUCAACACUCACACUAAAUCGCCUUACAUGACCGGUAUUGACGGCGAAGAUGUGGGUGCUAGUCUCGGUGCGCUUUUCAACGCGCUUGAAAAUUUGAAAGAUUUGAACAAUCUCGCAAGAGAGAUUCUCGAUGAGCUUGAGCCGGAAAGCCCGACUUUGGGCCAUGAGGAAUCUCACUAUUUGUAUUAG